AUGAGUUUCCAUCCGGAGUACAAGGAGUAUUUUAAACAAGGAUCAACAGCAAAAAUAUACAAUGGAGUGUUUGAGGAUGCAGGAUUCUACGACGAGGUAGACAUAAAGGAGUUCAAGUACAACAAGGAGAACAAGACAUUCUAUUAUCCAUGUCCUUGCGGGGACAACUUCGAGAUAUCUCUGGAAGAUCUAAAGAAUGGAGAGAUUGCAGCUAGAUGUCCUUCUUGUUCCCUUAUCAUUUGCACGGUGUACGAAGCAGAGGAUCUUAAGAUGUAUCUCUAG